AUGUUCCUAUUCAUCGUGGCUUUGAUGUUCGGGAUCUGUCAGACUGCACUCGGUGGUUAUCACGUGUAUCUGGCAGCACGAAAUCAGACUACACUGGAAACGUUCGCUGCUCCGAAAUUCCGAAACGGCUCAGUCGACAGUCGAGCGUUCGAUUUGGGACGGAAGGCCAAUCUGCAAGAGAUGUUCGGCACGAACUGUUGCCUAGCCAUAUUCCCUGUACGAACAACCCUCGGGGAUGGUGUACACUGGCGUUAUCGAUCUCCGACCUACGAUUUGGCUCUAAUCGAAGAUGGUGGGCACACCUCACCCACGCCACUGACCAAUUCGUUUUAA